AUGGAGAAUGAUGGAUUGAUUAGAGUAAUGAGUAUUAAAAAAUUUAUUCCAAAUUAUUUCAUUUAUAAAAUGAUUACUAAUUUUGUUCGUAAUAUAGUAUAGUUUGGAGGUAAUUCAACAUUUGAAAAAGCUAGAUUGUCAGCUACCUAUAAAGGUGACUAUUAUUAUCCAAAUGAAAGUGACAUUCAAGGUAUUUUUUAAAAUAUGACUAGCAAUUAUGCUUACACUCUCAGGUAAAGAUCCUGAUACUAGUCAAUAAAUUGGAAUAAAAACAAUCUUAACAAAAUUAGAAUCAUCAGAAUCUAAAAUCUAUUGGAAUUAUAUCAUUAAAAAUUUAAUAAUCCUAGACAGAUGUGUUGAGAAUAGGUUUUUGGUUACAGAAAUAGCAAAUAUGAAUAUAAGUUAUGUAGAAAAUUAUGUUGAACAAGAUCUAAAAUAUAGUAACGCUUUUAUUAAAAAAUUAGAAAGUCUAUCAAUGGAUUACUUUGUUAGAAAUUAUUAUAUCUAUUUGAAAAGGAAAGCUGCCCUUUAUUCAAUCAAAAAUUCAAGUUUCAAUAUUCCAAAAGAGGAAAAGAAGAAUUAUUUUAAAUAAUAAUCAGCUGAAAAUAUUCUUGAAGAAUUUAAUAGAGGAUAACUAUUAUUCGAUUAAAUAAUUGAUGUAAGAUUCAUAUCUAAUAUUAUAAGAUAUCUAUUCAUGAUAAGUAUGGGUUAUUAAAAUAUACAUUAAAUUAAUAUGUCUAUUAAUUGUUAUUAUUUACACUACUAAAUUUGUAUUAUAAUUCUCACAUUAUAAUUGUCAUUCUGAUUGAUAAAUUAAUCAAAAUGACAAUUAAUGAGGCCAAACUAUUUAAAGAUAUAUAUAAUAAUUUUCUUAAAAAUAACAAAGUUCUAGUAAACUUCAUUAAUACAAGACUUUAUAUUAAAGGAUUUUCUGAUAUCAAUAUAAGUGAGAUAGCUAGAAUUGAUUCGAGAAUAAAAGAAACUAUAGAUAAAUUUAUUAAAAUUGCUGAGGAAUCUUAGAAUUUAAAUGAAUUAUCUUAAGAAAUGUAAAUUUAAGCUGAUUUAAUUGAUGAUGAAUUAAUAUUCAAUCAAGUUUAAGUAAUGAGAAAUACUAUUAGUUAAAAAGAUUAUUAAAACGAAGAAAAUAUAGGUAUAAAUACUAUUUAAUAUUUCCAAUAAUAGGUCAAAAAUUUAGUACUUAUCAAAAGGUGGUUUAAAAGUCUAUCACUUUUGAAUCUAAAUUAAAUGAUUAUUAAUUAAAAAAUAUCAAUAAAUAUCCAAGUGGAUUUGAUACUAAUAGAUUCAAAGAGGAUGAAUUUAAAAGCUAUACAAAUAAUUAUUCAACUAAAUAUAUUGUAAUAGAUCCAAAAUUAUUUAAAAUAUCGUAAAAUCAAAAUAAAAGAGAAUCAAGUUCACCUUAAACUAGUUUAGAAUCUAAAUGUCAUGAUGAUAGAAUAACCAUAGAAUUUAUUUCACCUAUCAAUGAUUUUGAUGAAAAUAUCUUCUUAUUAAUUUAAAAUGUUUAUUGUUAAGUAGUACCAAAAAUAAUUGAAAAUAUUGAAGAAUUUCAGUAUGCAAAUGUGGAUGAUUUUCCUGAUUAUAAAGAUGAUGAAGAAAAUUAUUGA